AUGGCUGCUUCUGGAAUCUCUUUCCACAGACAUAUGGUUAGGAGAAAUGAUGCUCAAUUUGGUGCCCAGUUCGGACACCGUUUCCACCUGUUCCUUGUCCCAGGAACCCCUGGCUCUCGUGAACGUGGUCACGGCCUAAGGGAGCGCGAUGCCUGUAUUCGUCUGAGGAUUGGAGACGAGUUCUUCACAAAAAGCCACCAGUUGCCGUUGCCCCCCGCCGAUGAUUCUGUGAAUCAGAAUCAGUUCGGAAAUAUCAGACGUGAACAGAACCGUUAA